AUGGUAGAACCACCAACUAAGAUGUUGCGUGAGUAUGCAAUGCCCGAUGCUAGUUCAACCUUUGCAAGUAUAGUAAGACCUUCUGUCCAAGCUAAUAAUUUUGAACUUAAGCCUGCUUUAAUUCAUAUUGUUCAGCAAGAUCAGUUUGGUGGGUCGCCUAUUGAAUGUCCAUUAGAACAUUUAGCUAAUUUUCUUGAAAAAUGUGAUACCAUUAAGCUAAAUGGGGUAAGUGAAUAUGCUAUUAGCCUUAGGUUGUUUUCAUUUUCACUAAUAGAUAAGGCAAGAAAAUGGUUGUCCUCUAAAUCUUCUGAUCCUUUUACCACUUGGACUUCUUUAUCUCAAGCUUUUCUGAAUAAAUUUUUCCCACCUGCUAAAACGGCUAAAUUGCGUAAUGAUAUUACUAAUUUCACUCAAAAUGAAUUAGAGUCAUUAUAUGAGUCUUGGGAAAGGUUUAAAGAUUUGCAACAUCAACGUCCUCACCAUGGAAUACCUGAUUGGCUACUUGUGCAAACUUUUUAUAAUGGCUUAAAUCACUCUAAUAGAAGUACUAUAUAUGCUACAGCAGGUGGUGCUUUAAUGAGUAAGACUACUGAAGAAGCUAAUAAGUUAAUAGAAGAACUUGCUUUUAAUAAUUAUGGUUGUUCUAAUGAAAUAUCGGUCGCUAAAAAGAGUACAGGGAUUAAAAUGAGUAAUGUUAGUCUUAUUUCUAGUCUUGAUUUCUCUUGUGGUAAUUAUGGGGGUGCACAUGCUAGUAAUGAUUGUCCUAAUUUUGAACAAGCUCAAUUUGUUUCUAAUUAUAAUCGAUCACAAAAUGACCCCUACUCUAAUACUUAUAAUCCUGGCUGGAAGAAUUACCCUAACUUUUCAUGGAGAGAUCAAGGAAACCAAGCUAAUAACCUUAGACCACAAAAUCCUCCUAGUUUUCCUCAAAGACAACAACAAUCACAACAAGAGAGACCUUCAUGGGAAUUGACUAUUGAAAAACUUGCUAAUGCUACUUCUGAGAUAUUUAUAAAAUUAGAAAAUAAAGUUGAUCAAUUAGCUAAUUCAACCAAAAAUAUGGAAGUUCAAAUUGGACAAAUAGCUAAUGCUAUUAAAUUUAAAAACCAAGGAAUUAUGCCUAGUCAAACUAAGAAUGAAAAGCAACUUGAAGAUAACAACGAUGAUUAUUAUAAACAUGUUCCUCUUAAGCCAUAUGUACCUCCAAAUCCUUUUCCUCAAAGACUUAUGCAAAACAAAGUGGAAAAUCAAUAUGAAAAGUUUCUUAAAAUUUUCAAACAAUUGCAUGUUAAUAUCCCCUUUGCUGAUGCUUUGAUGCAAAUACCCUCUUAUGCUAAAUUUCUCAAGGAAAUCACGUCUAAAAAGAGAAAAUUGGAGGACUAUGAGACUAUUGCUUUAAGUGAAGAAUGUAGUGACGUAAUUCAACAAAAGCUUCCCCCUAAAUUGAAAGACCCUGGCAACUUUUCUAUUCCUUGCAAAAUUGGAGUUGUGGAAAAUGUGCUAAUGAAAGUUGAUAAGUUUAUCAUACCUGUUGAUUUCAUUAUUCUUGAUAUGGAUGAGGAUGUUAAUGUCCCUAUUAUUCUAGGAAGACCAUUUUUAGCUACUUUUGGUACUAUAAUAGAUGUUAAUAAUGGUAAGUUAACUUUUAACAUUGGUGAAGAAGAGGUGCAUUUCGAUUUGUCUCAACCAACAAAACAUUCUCUUGUUUCUGAUCAUGUGUUUAGAGUUGAUGAGAUCACUGAUUUAGAUAGAAAAUCAAUAGAUUAUGUUUCUGAAAAUACCCUAGAAGUAUGUCUAACAAGUGCAGGUACAGUUGAAGAUAUAAAUGUAGACUUAAUAGAGAUUGCAAAUGAUAUUGAAGCAUGCUCGCCAUGGAAGGAAUAUGCAACUGUGAAGUUCUGGAGGAAGCUUGCUUACAAUGCAACCCUUACUUGGUUGGUGAAAGGGAGAAUGAGAUGA